CUGAAACACUCAUCUGUCUGAUUCUGAAUUCCGGAACGAGAAAGACGAUCACCCCAAUCUCUCUCUCUCUCUCUCUCUCUCUCCCUCUCUCUCUUUUCUCUCUCGAACAAAGACUCCUCGUCGUGUUCUUGUUUCAGAGAGGAAAAGGGGGAGCGGUAAUAAACAAAUCAAAGGCAAAAACAAAACGAGUUUUGAUCGGGAGUGAUGGGUGAGAAAAGAUUCGCCGUUCUGCUGUGUGCAGAGGAUUCAGAAUACGUGAAGAAGAAAUACGGAGGGUAUUUUGGGGUUUUUGUGAGAAUGUUGGCUGCGGAGGGAGAGAAAUGGGAUGUUUAUCGAGUGGUGGCAGGUGAGUUUCCGGAUGAAGAAGAGAUUGGAUGGUACGAUGGAUUUGUGAUCACCGGUAGUUGCAGUGAUGCUCAUUCAAACGACGUUUGGAUCUGCAAACUCAUUGCCUUGUUGAGGAAACUCGACUCCUUGAAGAAAAAGGUUCUCGGAAUUUGCUUUGGACACCAGGUACUUGGGCGUUCAUUAGGAGCAAAAACAGGCCGAGCCAUCAAAGGAUGGGACAUUGGUGUUACAACCGUUCAAUUAUCAUCAUCCUCCUCCUCAUCAAAACUCUUCUCAUCAGUUAAAAUGCCAACCUCCCUCUCCAUCAUCGAAUGCCAUCGUGAUGAGAUAUGGGAACUCCCUGCGAAAGCAGAAGUGAUAGCAUGGUCUGAUAAGACCGGGAUCGAGAUGUUUAGGUAUGGAGAUCAUAUGAUGGGAAUUCAAGGCCAUCCCGAAUACACGAAAGACAUCUUGUUGCACUUGAUCGACCGCCUUCUCCAGCGCAACUUAAUCAUGGAGUCUUUUGCCAACGAGGCUAAAGCAAAACUGGAGGGACUUGAGCCAGAUAGGGAAGCAUGGAAGAAGUUAUGCAUCAGUUUUCUCAAGGGAAAAUUAUGAUGAAUUUGAAAAGGAAAAGGAGCAAUGAAUUUUUAAUAGAAGUUUUUAUUUUUUUUUAACCUAGAAAUGUCUGAAUUUCAAGUGAAACUAUCUAUGCUUAUAAAAAGUUAUUUGGUUUAUGAUUUUA